AUGAGAACUUUACUUUCUGAAUUAAUUUCGGUGUCGCGCGAAAUUCUCAUUAGAGUGAGCAGCCUGACUAACACAUCCAGUGGACCCGCUCAGCAAAGCACAGCUACUCAGCGCAGCAGCCGUUCGCAGUCCAGACCUAGGCCCCACGCCAACGGAAUCUGUUACUACCAUAACAGGUUCGGCGCUGCCGCCUCCAGGUGCAAUCUACCGUGGCUAACGCUGCUGCCUGGCCGAGCACCUUGCAGCAGCCUCAGCACCGCUCACCCCUCAAGCGCCAACUGCUGGUUUGAAAACCAGCUCCAUGUAAUGGACCGCUCCUCCGGCACGCGCUUCCUGGUCGACAGCGGAUCCAUCGUCUCGACGUUGCCUCACGCCACUUACGCCUCGGCCCUGCCGUAUGGUGGACCGACACUCGCUGCUGCUAAUGGAUCGUCCAUCCAAACUUAUGGGCGGCACACAGCUCAAAUUAACUUGGGCCUCGACCGCAAGCUCGUGUGGUCCUUUAUAGUGGCGGAAGUCAAAACGCCCAUUCUAGGUGCUGACUUCCUGGCAUUCUACGGUCUCCUGCCGGAUCUCAAACGACGGCGCCUCAUCGACGAGUCCUCGCUACGUUCAAUCCCGGGAGAGCUCAAGAAAGUCUCCGUACACUCGAUUUCGAUACUCUCUCCACCGCCGUCAGCCUCGCCUGCACACGAGAAAGCCGUGAAGGCGCUCGUCGAGCAGUACAGCAACCGCUUCGCUGCCAUCAACGACUGUAGUACCGGCCCAACGGCUGCUGUCAAGCAUCACAUAUUGACGCUGGGACCGCCCGUCUUCUUCAGGCCACGCCAGCUCUUGGGAGAAAAACUCAAGGCCGCCAAGGCCGAAUUCACUCAGUUGCAGCAACUGGGCAUUGUUAGGCCCUCUAAGAGCCCUUACGCGAGCCCGUUGCACAUCGUCAAAGCCAGCUCCUCUAAGUUUCAGGUAACAGGCGAUUAUCGCAACUUCAACGCGCAAACGGUGCCGGACCGGUACUCGAUUCCACGCAUCGUCGACUUGCUGCUGCAGCUACACGGUAUGCCGCUGCUAAUCGCCUCUGCGAGCAUCGAAGAGCACUUGGAGCACCUUCGCGCAGUUUUUGAUGCACUGCUCUCCAGCAAGCUACGCAUUAACUGGCUUAAAUGCGUCUUCGCCAAGAAGGAGGUCUCCUUUUUGGGUUUCACUAUUAACGCUGCCGGUUUUGAGGCCUCCGGAAGCCAAAGUCGAUACUAUCGUCAACUACCCUAG